CCAGCUCAUCUAGUCCUCUGUGUGGUGUAUUAGAUGUCAACAUCUGUGCUCUUUGCUUUUUACUGGAGGUAAACGUAAGGCUAAUGCUGCCAUCUAGUGGUGACAUCAAAUAGUGCGAGUAUCAGUUUGCAUUCUGAUCUAAAAAUAUCCAGUGUAGAACUUAUUUGAGCAGUUAUCUUGUGACUGGGCACAAAUGAAGGGCAUUUGAUUCAGAAGAUUUUUUUUUCUUAUGAGCUUAACUUGAAACAGAAAUGGGUUCAGUUUUUGUAAAUUGCUUUAUAUUUGUUUGGAUUCCAUAGAAACUUGAGGCACUUCCAUCAGAGGGGUGUUAUGUCCAAGGACACAUUUCCAUUCUCCUCUACCUCACUACGCUCUCUCAGACUGGAGCAGGAGGUCCAGGACUGGGAGGAUGAACGGCGAGCUUUGGCUCAUAAGAGAGCCAUGAUCCGGCCUCCGCUGCCUCGGGCCCCCAGACUCCCUCCCAGGCAGCAGCGGCUCCAAGAGGUCAGAGCCCCUCCACCCCAGAUCCACUGCAGAGACACCAGCAUCCACAACACCUUCAUGUGCGGAGACAUAAAGGGAGUCUACGCUGUGCUGAAAGAUCCUGCAAUGGUCAAUGCCCUGAUGGAGACGGUGCAUGAGGAGAUGGUGUGGGCUCCAGAAAUGGGCAUGUGGACGCUGAGCUCCAAGGUGAAACAAACAUCGGCCUUACGCCUGGCUGCCAGCCGGGGUCACACGGCGUGUGUGGAGGAGCUGCUGUUUCGUGGUGCUGAGGUGAACGCCAACCCUGGAGGCAACACGGCACUCCACGACGCCUGCAUAGGCGGCCACCCUGUCUGCGUCCAGCUGCUGCUCUCCCAUGGAGCAGAUCCUGAAGUGCUGGCAGCAGAUGGCAGUGCUCCUCUUCACCUCUGUACCUCUGCCCAGUCAUUCCACUGUGCUGAGCUGCUUUUAGAAGGAGGCGCAGACAUCAACGUGCGGAGCCGGGAGUCGAGGCUCACCCCUCUGCAUGUGGCUGCUCAGCGAGGCCUGGAGGAGCACGUCCAGCUCUUCCUCAGCCACGGCGCCGAUGUUUUAGCCACCAAUCGAGAGGGGGAGACCCCCCUGAAUGCUGCUUGCUCUGGAGCCGAGAGGCCGUCCGAAGCUGGGAGAUACCUCCGUGUGAGCCAGAAGCUGCUGGAUGCAGGAGCUAAUCCCCAAACUGCAGGCAGGAAGCAACACACCCCGCUGCAUAACGCCUGCGCAAACUGCUGCUGCAGGAUUGUAGACGUCCUCCUGCAGCAUGGAGCGAAGGCUGAUGUUGAGAACUGUGCAGGAUACACACCAAUGGAUUGUCUGCUGCAGGUUGUGGAAGAUUACCCAACUCAGCAAUCUGAAGCUAUAGCACGAUCCCUUCUGAACUAUGGAGCAAAACCUGUUUCACCAAAGAUGCUGAAACAGCUGGCCUUGUAUCCUGAUGUUCUGGGCGUGAUGCUGAACUCGUAUACAUCCAUCCCGCCCUGUGAUUGGUCAGACUCCCUGCCUCCUGACACGCUUUCCCAGGAGCACCUGUUGUUUCUCCGCUCGCUGCGUCAGAGGAGCACUCAGCCUCGAUCCUUGCAGCAUCUCUGCCGUUGUGCUGUGCGUCAGCAUUUAGGAGCCCGCUGUCACUCAGCUGUAUGUGAGCUGAACCUUCCUGGCUCUGUGAGGGAAUAUCUGCUGCUGUGUGACAACAAGACACUCCAAUAAAUAUUGAUGUCAUAUCAUCUUAAAA